AUGGAAGCCCCUCAAUCGAUGAGAUUUUCUGUUCAAGAUCCUUACGCACUACAACCUGGUGAUCAUUCUGGUUUGGUGUUGAUCUCUCAACCAUUACAAGAAGAUAACUAUGCAUCUUGGAGUCGAUCAAUUCGCCUAGCGUUAAGUGGAAAGAGAAAAUUGGAAUUCAUAGAUGGAUCCAUCGCUAAACCAGAUUCAACAAUCGACCCUGUGCUUGCUGAAUCGUGGCAAUGCACGAAUAAUAUGGUUACAACUUGGCUUCUAAACUCUAUUUCAAAGGAUAUUGCUGCUAGCGUGAUCUAUGCUGGUUCUGCAGCUUUGUUAUGGCAAGACCUAGAAACAAGAUUCUCUCAAAGCAACGGUCCAAGAAUCUUUGAGCUGAAAAAGGCUUUAGUUACCCUAACUCAAGGUAAUCUCUCUGUUUCUCAGUACUUUACCAAAUUAAAAACAAUUUGGGAAGAAUUCAACACAUUUCGGCCACUUGCAAUGUGCACAUGUGGAGGAGCAAAAGCCUUCCAAUCUCAUCUUGAUCAAGAACACGUCUUGUUCUUUCUAAUGGGCUUGAAUGAUUCCUUCUCCAACAUAAGAGGUCAAAUUCUGUUAUCGGACCCCCUUCCACCUAUCUUGAAGAUUUUCUCUUUGGUUCUUCAAGAAGAGCGACAACGCGCUAUUGGCAUGGCAAAUUCUAUUCCAAUACCUCAACAAGUCGCUUUUGCUGUGAAGCCCGCUCCUGCAGCACAUCGAGGGUACAGUCAGAACAAGCAAAGGAAUCAGGUGAAUCUUGUUGGUGAAACAAUAUCUGAGCAAGAGAAGGAGCAUAUAGCUAACAAAGACUUUGGGUUUUCUCUCACAGCAUCUCAGUACCAACAACUCAUGAGUCUAUUGCAAUCUCAACCAACGCUUUCCAGUAAUGACAAUCCUGAGAUAUGUGCAGGUGCUACCACCCAUAUAACCAAUGUCUAUGCCUUACUUAAUAAUCCAAAAUCAUUGUCAAACCAUUAUGUCUCAUUACCUGACCAUACUAGAAUAUGUGUUGUUGCCAUGGGUACCAUUCACAUAAAUAAGUCUUUGGACCAUAUUUUCAAGAGGGUGAUUGGCAAAGGUGAUGAGUGUGGAGGUCUGUUCUUGUUGGAAUCUCCUCACCAUCAACUCUUCAAUUCUGUCAAACACUCCAAUUCUUUAGUUUGUCAUGUAGAUAGUUAUACUUGGCAUGCAAGAUUAGGUCAUGUGUCAGAAAAUGUGUUUGUAAAAUUGAGUCAGUUUCUUUCAAAUAAUCCAUUGAAACUUGAUCACUCAAGAUGUGAGACUCCUACAUAUAAUAAAAUGAGAUAUUUUCUUACAAUUGUUGAUGAUUAUUCAAGGUUCACUUGGACUUACUUACUGAAGCAUAAAUCUGAUGCAACAAAUUUUUUGAUCAAUUUUAUUUCUCUGGUUGAGACACAAUUCAAAGCACAGGUGAAACAGAUCCAUUCAGACAAUGCUAAGGAGUUAGCUCUCACUGAUUUCAUGCAACCCAAAGGAAUACUCCACCAAUUCUCCUGUGUUGAAAGACCUUAG